CUAUUUCCCACAAACAGAGAGAGAAACCCAAGCACUCUUUUUGGUAAUUUUUGUUACAUUAGUGUUGAAGAAUAGAAACGGCGUCUUGUUAAGAGACCAUUUGUCUGGUAUUUAUACCUGUACACCAGCCACGCAAAGCAUCACUGUUCUCUGAAAAGAGAGACUGCACUUUGUGUUACCACUAUCCUUGCACCCUGCAGAAAAUUUCACUAUUCACGGAAACUAUCAGAACAAUAGAAACAUGAUUCUACAUAUUUCGAUGGCUACGAGUUUAUUUCUAAUGAGUUUGUUGAUGUUUAUGCUUGACUCUAACCCCUGCACAGCUCUCUCAUGGAGGAACAAUAGUUUAGUGGAUGAUAUUGGUAUACCAUGUCCAGUUUCUCCGCAUCCGUUUACUAUGUGCAAGUCGGAGGCAGAAGCUUACGGCUAUCCAUGUGAAGAUCACAAGGUCACAACUGAAGAUGGAUAUAUUCUUAGCUUAAAAAGGAUUCCUCAUGGCCAUGAUACUGAUAACUCAACCGGGGAUGAGAAGACAAGGCAACCAAUACUGCUAUUCCACGGGCUUUUUGUGGAUGGCGUUUCUUGGCUACUGGGUACACCAGACCAAUCACUUGGCUUUAUUUUGGCAGACGGUGGGUUUGAUGUUUGGCUAGCGAACACUCGUGGAACUAAUACCAGCCGCAAACAUACAUCGCUGUCCCCAAAAAAUCCGGCUUUCUGGGAUUGGUCGUGGGACCAAAUUGCUGAAUAUGAUCUUCCAGCCGUGCUUGAGUUUGUGUAUCACCACACAGGACGUCAAAAAGUUCACUAUAUCGGUCACUCACUGGGAACCUUGAUUAUUCUUGCAGCCUUCUCUGAGCACAAGUUACUACACUUAGUUCGAUCAGCUGUGUUGCUCUGCCCAAUCGCUUAUCUGAGCAGAACUAGAUCCGAUCUCACCCGGCUUGCUGCUAAAAUGUUCAUGGCAGAAGCAGCUCACUUUAUAGGUCUUCAUGAGUUCAAUCCUGUUGGAAAAACUGCAGCUGAACUUCUAGCCAAAGUAUGUGGCGACCCUAAAAUUGACUGCCACGAUGUAUUUUCUGCUCUUGCAGGACCGGACUGUUGCCUCAAUAAAUCAACUACAUGUGCCUUCAUGCUGCAUGCUCCACAGCCUACGUCUAUGAGAAACCUUAUUCAUUUGUCGCAGAUGGUCAGGAACGAAGGGGUCAGAAGGUAUGACUACGGCAAUGCCAAGGAAAACAUGAAGCAUUACAAGCAGCCACGCCCUCCGCUGUACAACCUCUCAUCCAUUCCGACCCAUGUCCCCAUGCUCCUGACGCAUGGCGGCCAAGACUUCCUCGGCGAUGUCCCUGACACCAGGCACCUCCUGAAGACACUGGUCAGAAACCAUGACUCUGAUAACAUCGAGGUGCAAUACUUGCCCGACUAUGCUCAUGCUGACUUUGUGAUAGCCUAUAAUGCUCCACGCCUCGUAUAUGAACCGAUGGUCGACUUCUUUCAACGUCACUGAGGGUUACUACUUCACAUCUCUUCAUGAACAGCUUCAGCUGUAAUUUGGUUCCAGCCUAUGCAACUGAAACUUCAACUUGCAAGUUGUCCAUGUAUAUGGCUAGUCAAGCCAUAGUAUAUACCUAUAUUUGUCAGGCUGAUCAUGCUAGAGAAUAAACUACGAUCAAAUAGUCGGUUUCAUGUAACCAAUUUAUCCAGCAUAUCCUAUGGAGUAAGUACCAAAAAUAUUAUAUCAGACAAUUAUUGGAAGAUCUCAAACUUCUGAAGAAAAUGCUGUUGAACCUUCUCAGCUAA